ACCGAUAUUUUCCUGUCGAUAUUCCGAGAGUGAUAUCGAAUAUCCGAUAUUUAACGCCUACCCAUAUCGGAUAAAUAUAUGGUCGAUAUCGAGUAAAAAUAUCGAGUUUCCGAUAUACCGUCUGAUACCGCACAUCCCUACUCAAACGUUACAAUUGCAAAAAAAAAGGCAAUUUUUCUUUGAUUUAUCAUGGUUUUUUACGAUCUGCAAAUACGAUGUUAUACGCUGAAUGUCACGUGAGUUUAAUAAGUCUCAAUUAUUGCUAACAAAAAGGUGUCAGUUUGAAUAAAAUCAAGACAUGUUCAUUUAAGCUAUUCAAUAAUAAUUCUAAUUAUUAAUGCAAUAUAAAACUUCUAAUUAUUGAAGUUGAUUAGAUAAAUAAAUUCAACAAUAAGCAGUUAUUUAUAUUUUUUCGAUUACUCUUAUAAAAUAAUAAAUAAAAAUGGGAAUACAGGAUUUGCAGACAUUUUUAGACAGUAAUUGUGCGCCCAGUGGUGUUGUGCCAGUUGAUUUGCUGAAAAUAGCGAAACAACGUCAGCGUAAUCGUUCAAAUAAGAAUCAUCAACAGCCACUGGGUCUUCUUCGACUUGUUUUGGAUGGUGAAUGUUGUCUUGAUAGGCUGUAUGGUGGUUAUUUUUCCGAUUGGGCGUCAGGUGGACAAUGGAAUCGUAUGGUACAAUUUCUUGCUGUAUUAAUACAACAAACAGAAAUGUAUGGUGUUAAACUAAUUGUAUUUUUAAAUGGAUGUAAUGAAACACAACGUCGUACUGAAUGGAUAAAAAGUCAAUUAGAUAUGCGUGUAAAAGUAAAUAAUGUUUUAAAACACAUAGCAACAAAAGGUACACCGCCACCCAAAAUAUGGUGGAUACCACCAAUUUGUUUACAUACAAGUUUACGUAUGUCAUUACGUCAUUUAAAAACAACAGUUGUUUUAAGUAUGAAUGAUCAUCAUCUUGAAGUUAUUAAAUACUGUCGUGAUAAUAAUUACAAUGGAUUGAUUGCUGAUGAUGCUGAAUAUAUUGCAUUUGAUCCUCCACGUUAUUUUUCAUCUGAACAAUUAAAACUUACUUACAAAGGUUCUCUUGAAACAAAAGAAUAUCUUAUACCAGAAGUUAUUAAAUCUCUUGGUAUUCAAGCUGAUCGUCUUUGUAUACUUACAGCAUUACUUGGUAAUUUUAUUUUAUCAGAACAAGAACUCAAUGAUUUUUAUAAAAAAUUGAGUAUUAACAGUACUGGACCAAAUAAAACAAAUAUCGAUCAAUCAAUUAAAAUUAUUGCUGGUUUUGUUAAAGACUUAUUAUCAAGUAAUAUUGAUUUUGUUUCCGAGAAAGUUUUUGGAACAACGACUGAUUCGCGAUGCUCAAAAUUAGAGCAAUCUAUCCAAUAUUACAUCAGUGGAACCAAGGAGGCCUCACGUCAAAAAACAUCAAAACAAAUAUCCCAAAAUCAUAUCAAACAAAAUGUUAAGCCAUCAUUAUCAUUAUCAUUAUCAUCAUCAUCAUCAUCGUCAUCCUCGUCAGUGACAAUAUCAUCAAAGUCAAUAACAGAAAUAUCAGCAAUUCAACAUGAUAAUAGUGAUAAUAUUGAAACAUCGAAAUUUGCAUCUGAAACAUUAGAGAGUGAACAAGAAAGUUUAAAUGCUUAUAACGAAGCAACUGCAAAUUCUAAAGUUGCACCGCAAAUUGUCAUUGAACCACCUGUUGUACAGUUGAAUAAAAAUACAGGAAAUGAUGAUGACGUUAAAAUUAAAGAGCCUGCAAGCAAUGGACAUGCAACUAUUAAUGGUGUUACAAACAAUUUAUCAAUCAAUUCAUCGAGUGCAUCCAGUUCAAUAAUAACAGCUGUAUCUCAUAAUAAUACAACAGCAACAAAACACAGUUGUGAAAAACCAAUUAGUAUUCCAACUACAGUGGCUGAAGUUAUGCGUACAGCAAUUGAACGUCAUCAAAAGGGUCUCAUGUCACCAGAUAUUUAUCAAAUUCUAGAGACUGGUGAAAUUAAAUUACCGAUGUUACUUGAAGAUGAAAAUAAUCGUGAAUUUCCAUCUAUACAUUUAAUUUAUCGUCCAAUAAGACAAAUGGUUUAUGCAAUAUUAUUUAAUUUAAAUCACAAAAUUUUCCUGGCAACUAAUGGAAAAGAAAAAAAUUGUAAUGAAAAAAUUAAAGUGCCUGAUGUUAUUAUUAAGGAAUGGAUAUGGUCAAAGAAUAAUCCAUAUCAAACACCAGAAGAAGUUAAGGCUGAAAAAAUUGGAUGGGGAGUACCAACAAUUCAGCGUCUUUGGUUUGGCUCUAGUAUAGAUGAUAAACGCCGAAGACUUCGUGGCUUUUUGACAUGUAUGAGAUCAGAUACACCAUUAAUACUCAACGUUUCACAUGUACCUCAACAUUUGCUUAUCAUGGCUUGUGUACUCAGAUACAUAAUGACAUAUUCUGACAAAAAAAUAUUACGACGUCAAGAGCUUGAUGCAUUUAUUGCUCAGGCAUUUUCACCAAAUCUCAUGAAUGCUCAGUAUCUUCAAGAUCUGCAGCUUCCACUUGUUACAUUCCGUGGAGUUCAACUUGCCACACUGUUUAUGGCUGGUGUUGAAACGGCUCUUUUGGCCAAUGAUGCUUGUGGUGCACCAAUACCAUGGCUCAUGUGUUGUCCAUGGUUGUAUUUUGAUGGUAAACUAUUUCAUCACACUCUGGCACGUUCAACAAUUGCUAAAAAUCUUUUGGAACUUUGUGGUGGUCAUAUUGAUCGUGUUGUUAAAGUUGAAAGAAUGCGAAAGGCAAUACUUGAAGGCCUUAGUGUUGUCUUCGCCAGACCACCAAUUGUACCAACUGUACCGGGUUUACGAGUUCCAACAUUACCAUCAAAUAUUUUACCAGUUGGUUGCGUCGUUAAUGACACAAUAGCACGUGGUCGAACAAACCCACGUAAUAACAACAAUAAUUUAUUUAGAGAACUUAUUCGUCGUCCAGUACCAUCGCGUGGUGGUCGCCUAGAAGUUGCUGGUGUUGUUGUAGGACAAUGGGGGGCUAAUUAUGGACAACCUACAAAACCUCAUGCCACUAUUCAAGGACCUUCUCGAGGACGCAUACCACCCCAGCCACAAUUUCCGCGUAUUAAUGCACGACUGUUCCAACCAAGGGCAAAUAACAAUAUUAACUCUUCUGCAGUAAGAGGAAAAAAAACUCAAAUGAAGGCCACAAGUAAAAAGAAAGGAAUAAAGAAAAACCAAGAAAAUGAUAAUAAAAAAGAUAUCAAGUUACGUGACAAUUCUGUUGAAGAAAUUGUUAAUGCUGAUGAAUUUUCUAAAUUACUUAAAAAAGAUAUAAAUACCAAAGAAAUAAUCUCAGCAACAGUAGCUGAUAAAUCUGGUGUUGACCAAACUAUUGAAAAGGACAAACUAGUCGCUACUGAUGCUAUUUCCACUGUCGAUGCUGCUACUAAUGCUGCUUCACAAUCAGUAAAAGAUAAUUAAAACGUUUUAAGAAAAAAAAAAAUUUAAUCUCUCGGAUGUGACUAAAGACUGCAAACCAAUAUUAUUGGAUGGGUAUCGAGCGAUCGGGCACAAAACAAAAAAAAAAAAGCAACUUUUUGUGUGCUCAAAAUAUUCAGUUCAAUUCAUAACAAAAAAAGUUCAGUUUUUUUUUUUAAAUAAAAUAUUUUAGUUUUUAUAGAAUAUUAACAAUUUAAUUUAAACUUUUAUUUUUUAUUAUAAAUAUUAAACUAAAAAAAUAAUAAUAAUAAUAAUUAUAUUUUUGUAUUAUUAAAUAAAUAUAUAUAUUAUAUGUACAUAUAUAUAUAUAUAUUUAUAAAUAACAAAAGUAUAAUUUCAUUAUAAGUUUUGUGUUACUACAUGUAAUGUUUAAGCAUGAAUAGUAAUAUCAAGUGCACAUUGGCUCGGUGUGCAUAUAAUGCUCUCUGGUAGGAGCUCAAAACUAUUUUAAAUCGAACUGUGGUAUCAUGUGGAUAUUGAGAAGAACGGAAAUGUUAAUAAUUAAAUUGUUACAAUUUUCCCACUGCCAAAUACUAGCUCGCUAUGCAUUGUAAAAAAUAAUACUUCUGACAAAUGAAGAAAAAAUAGAAAUGAUUUUUUUUUCUUUAUCUCAUCGAAACUACUUGUUUACCAACUUUCAAUCCAAGAUCAAGAAAAAAAAACUAAUUUGGAAUAGCACCAAAUCAGCUGUUAAAAAGAAAAAAAAUGUAUUGUUGAAUAAGCGUAAUUAUUUUUUUUACCAUAAUAGAAAUGUAUAUUCUCCGGUAUCAUGUGAAAUGCUCGCUUUGUCCAAUCUUGCCUACAUAUAUCGUGAUUCAUAUAAAAGUAUAUAAUGUAAUUUAUGUUGACCAAUUUAUGAAACAAAAAAAAACUGCAGAGAGUGCCUCGUAGAUGAACAAUGAGAAUAAUAUUACUAGCUGUAGUUUUUUUAAUUUUUUUUUUUUAAAACGACGACUUUUUUCUAAAACACAAAAAAGUAAAAAAAAUAUGUAUCAAGUCGUAGCAUUAUUAACGCAGAGACUGCUUUUCACUAUACCCUUUAUUACAACCGAUAAAUCCUUGAAUAGUUUGUUUCUCAAUUAAAAUGUGUAGGAUUUUUCAUCAAGUAUGAUUUUUUUGAGAAAUACAUUCAUUUUCAAAAAAGUAUAUAUGAGCUGAACCGUAAAUGUCUGUUAUAAUAAAAAAUGAAAACAUUAUUGAAACAUAAAUACAUUAUUUAUGAUAAUAUGCAGCACUAUUAUUAUUAUAAAUUAUUAUUAAAUUUGGAUGUAAAAAAUACGCAAUAGAGUAUCUAAUAAUUUUUUUUUUAAUUUGUUCAGUUUUUAUAGAUGAAGAACAAUGUACAUAUUUAUUUAUUCGAAUAACGCCCGAAUUAGUGUGUUACUGUGUGAAAGAAGUUUAUUGAUAACAAAUAAAAAAGUAUAUGAGGCAUAAAUUAAUAAUUGACUUGAAUGGAGAUAGCCUCUUAAGAGUUAAAUUAAUGUGACAAAUAAAUAAUAUUAUUUGUUAAAAAAAAAAAAAAAAAAUCAUAACGUGAUAAUGCCGUUAAACGAGAUAUUAUAACGGUCAAGAUUGAAAAUGAAAAAAUAUGUUAUAUUUUUGUAGAUUUGUUAUUGCAUUAAAUGUAUCAUGACAAUUAUGAGAUAACUUUAACGUGCGAUAGUUUUUUAAUAUUUAAAAAAUAAACAACGUAAGAGUAGCCAUGUUAAUUAAUUAUUU